CAGACUCUACUUGCUCGGCACGAAGCCUACAUGGCUUCUGCCGAACGCGAUCGAGUCGAACUCAUGGCCCGCAUUGAGCAGCUAGAACAUGACAACGCCGAACUCGAGGUGAAGAACCAGUCGAUGACUGACGAGAACCAUGGUCUUCGCGGAGAGCUCGAGGGUCUCAACGACACCAUCAAAGAUGCCGAGACCAAGAUGGAGUUUCUAGAGGCCACGCUUCGCGAUUCGCAGCAGAAGGUCCGGGACCUCGAGAUCGCCGCAGAGCGAGCUUUUACUCUCGAGCGACAGGUCGCGAUGCUGGAGGAGGAGCAGGUUGUAUUGCGGACUUCGAUCGUCCGCAGCGAGGAGGAAGCACGCACAGCCAUGUACAGGUGGAGACAGGCAGAGAAGGGUCUCACCGACCUGCAGGAGCAACUCGAACGAAUCGAGAAAGAAGCUAGAGAAGAGCGUGAACGCCAUAUCGAAGUGAUUAGCCGCAUGGAGCGCCAGCGCGCCAUGGAGAAAGAACUCAACACUGCUGCCGGAAGACUGAAGGGCGCUGCCGCCGCCAAGUCCAUGACUGACAGCAAAGGUAGCGGCAAUGUCGUGUCGCAUUUUGUGCGUGACCUUCUGCAGGACAAUGCCACCUUGCAAGUGGGCAUUGCUGAGCUUCGCGAGAUGCUGCUGAGUUCCAACGACGAGAUUCAGAUGCUGAGGGAGCAGCUGAUGUAUCAUCAACCAGCGUCCGGCCAUGAGCCUGGUCCUUCCAGUACGCUACAGGCUGAACUUGACAAGAAGGAGCCUCCCACCUCGCCCCAACACCCCCGGGCGCCCAAGGAGGUACACAUUCAUCACCACUACCAUGUCCUUCACAAACAGGAGAUGAAGAAACCAAAGAAAAAGAGGCAAAGUCUUACCGCAGGCACCUUCAGUCCCCCACCCUACCUCUCUACGCCAUCAUCACCCAUCACCACUCCUGUCCGUCUGCAGCCCGGCGCUCUCAAUCGAGCUGUACUCUCCCCUCCGGCAGACGACCCGCCCACUGGCCCAGGUAACCGCUGGUUCAUCACAUCGGAAGGCCAAUCGGACUUGGUGCCGUCGCCGGUGCCGAGCUCUCCGCAAUCUGAGAACCGAAACUCCAUAUUCGACCGGAUCUCGGCACCUUCUCCUUUCUCGCCAACGACGAGCGUGGAUCCAACCUCUCCAGGCUGGAGAAACGGUCACGGGAAGAAGGCUUCUGAAUUUUCUCUCGGUAGCAUCUCGCAAGCGGGCCUGUUUCCGACAGACGCCACCCACCAUCGCUCGGCAGGUCCGCCGCCAGGUUACGCUCAGCGACCACAUCCCUUGACCCGCUUCAUGCUCAACGGCAGGCCCCCGCACCAUGAUAGCACCUCAUACACCACAGACGAUGUCCCUACGAAUAUGUCUAGAUAUUUUGCUGAGUACACCGAUCUCGGGGCUGGCACCGAGGAGGCUGGAGUUGAAGAUAUCUCGUUGCCAACAUCGAACCACUUCGACCCAAACGCAGAGCAACAACCCCGGACUCUCCGCCGUGUGGUGUCACAUGAAUCCAUCAUGUCUCUCUCCAACGGGCUGGACAUUCACACUCUCAGGGCUCGGCCCAGCCAGCUUACGCUCAAGCCUCUCGGUCUGACCGCAGCGGGCACCAAUCUCAGCGCCGUCACCGCCCAACCAACUCUCUCCAGUGGCAGCCUAGAAGGCAAACGAGGCAGCGUCAUCCUACGUGACAACUUUGCCCUUUUUGGACAGGGCCUUCCUACCCCCAGAGCACGGGAUGCUAUACGGACGACGUCGAAUCCUGUGCGCGGCAGAGACGGGGAACGCGGCCCCAACACGUCCCGCGCGCCGUCGAAACUGGGAAAGCUUGUCUCGUGGCGGCCGUGGAGCGGUGCGAGCGCUCACCCUUCACCCGAUGGCAGACCAGCAGCGACGCCGGUUGUCUCCGCUGCGCCGCUUGCCGUCCCCACCCCAGCUUCGUCCCUGGCGAUUCCCGCGCUUUCUCUGACACCGGCAGCUGCAUCCGUCUCCUCACAGACUGGUAAAUCACCGCAGGGGAGCAUGUCGUCGGCGGCAACCAGCAGUACGUCCGUUGCAGCUGCUGCUGCGUCCUCGUACCGUGCGCCUGGCAUCAACCAGCCUGGAGUGAUACCUGGGUUCCAGGAGUACUGGGCUGCGCAUCAGCGGAGAGGCCCGCCGAGUAAGGUGUCGGUUGAGGACCCUGGGCAGGUCCAGCAAGCGUUAAGGGAGGUGCUGGAGGAGGAGCGGUAA